CCGCUCAUCCAAACAAGUCCUUAUAGUUAAUUCAUUUUUCUCUGCAAAACCUUCGUUUCGAAGAAGCUCCUUUUGUCAUUCUUCUUCUUCUCUUCUUCUUUCACACUCUCUCUGUUCCCUUCUUCUGCUUCACGAACCAUCGAGAAUUUCAAAACGCGUCUUCAUUUCCGCGUUUGGAUCAAACACUUUUGAUCUCUCUGCGAGUUUUCACACAAUGCCGCUUCUUUGAAUCUUCACCGAAUCAGAGCAAACGAGAUUUGAACACUAUCGCCGAUAAUAAUCGUUUUUUUCAACGAAUGGGGUCGAUACCGUCAACGCCGCGUAGAGGCAGUGAAUUCUCGCCGGAGACGGUGGAGUAUCUGAUCGGGACUUUUGUUGGCGAUGAGUCCUUUCCUUUCUCGUCGGAGUUUUGGCAGAAAUUGUUGGAGCUUCCUCUCAAUGUUCAGUGGCCUGCUGAACGUGUUCAACAAGCUUGUGAGCUAUUAGCCAAAAACAAUUGUCACACCAGGCAUCUUGCAAAGCUUUUGUUCCAUCUAGCGUGCUACUUGCAAGAAUUCAUGUCUACUUCUGGUGUGCCACCCUUGGUUUAUGAAAAAGCUGCUAAUGCAGUGUAUAUCAGUUCCAUGUUUUUGAAGCACCUGAUUGAAAAUGGCUUCCAGUUAUACCUUUCUUUCGAUGGUGAUGAAGCUGUACUGAAGGGUGUUUUGGGAGAUCAAACCAUUGAAAAUCUCCUAAUGCGGAAUGUGCUGAACUUUAUAGUAUCAGUAGAAGUGAGUCCCAACACAUUUCUUCUACAUCUAGAGCUGCUUAAUUUCAUGAUUAUUGCAAUGUCAACUCAGCUUCUCUGUGGACCAUCUCCUGGACCAAAUGAUGUGAACCCAUUUCUUGAUGCCGCAAUGGCUCAGGACAGCUCUCUGGUUGGGUUAGUUGUCCGCAAAUUACUUCUAAGUUUCAUUAUCCGCCCUAAGGUUCCAUUCAAUAGGGCACCUUAUCCCAUCUUUUAUGACGAAAGUCAGAGUAGUGUUCUGCAGAGAGUUGGUUCUGCAGCUGCAAAUAUUGUUUUAUUGCCAUUCAGUUAUUUGGUCAGUUCAAGCGGCGGAGGGUCAAGAAAUCCUAUAGCGGAUAGCAGUCUUGAUGUGCUUCUUGUUCUCAUUCAUUAUCAUAAAUGUGCUGUGAGUGAAGACUACUCUUCCAUUGAGAAUAAAAAGUCUUCAGCUUCAGAUUUAUUACUCAAAGAAAAUCCUCAUUUUUCCGACAACCCUUACUGCAAAGCCUUAGAGCAUGCAAUUGACUGUGAAUUGGAUCGUGUAGACGUUGAAGGCAAUGCGCACAGUGGUCAACACAUAAAGUUACCUUUUGCUUCUUUGUUUGAUACACUUGGCACGUGCUUAACUGAUGAGACAGCGGUCCUACUGCUUUACUCGUUGUUGCAAGGAAAUUCUUCCUUUUUGGAGUAUGUCUUGGUGCGGACUGAUAUGGAUACUUUGUUAAUGCCGAUUCUGGAAGCUCUAUAUAAUGCUCCAACAAGAACAGCUAAUCAAAUAUAUAUGCUGCUGAUUGUAUGUCUUAUACUUAGUCAAGACUCUUCUUUCAAUGCAAGCAUUCAUAAGUUGAUAUUGACAGGUGUUCCAUGGUACAAAGAACGUCUUCUCCACCAGACCUCUCUUGGUUCUCUUAUGGUCGUAAUUCUUAUCAGAACUGUACAGUAUAAUUUGUCUAAACUACGGGAUGUAUAUCUCCACACAACAUGUCUGGCAACUUUGGCUAACAUGGCACCUCAUAUCCAUCGAUUGAGUGCAUAUGCAUCUCAAAGACUAGUUAGCCUUUUUGAUAUGCUUUCACGCAAGUAUAACAAAUUAGCUGAUCGCAGAGAUAAUAAGCUUCACAUUGCAAAAGGCAGUUCAAUUGAAGGAAACAGCUUUGUAGAAGAUGUGUCAACUGAAUUGCAAAUUUAUACUGACUUCUUGAGGCUUGUACUAGAAAUAAUAAAUGCAAUCCUGACUUAUGCACUGCCUCGGAAUCCAGAGGUAGUGUAUGCAGUAAUGCACAGACAGGAAGUCUUUCAGCCAUACAAGAGUCACCCACGCUUCCAUGAACUGCUUGAAAACAUUUACACCGUAUUAGAUUUUUUCAAUACUCGUAUGGAUGCUCAAAGAGUGGAUGGUGACUGGUCAGUCGAUGAAGUGCUCCAAGUGAUAAUUGUCAAUUGUCGUUCUUGGAGGGGUGAUGGGAUGAAGAUGUUUACUCAACUGCGCUUCAUGUAUGAACAAGAGAGCCAUCCAGAGGAGUUUUUUAUCCCAUAUGUGUGGCAGCUUGUACUAUCCCAUUGUGGAUUUACAUUCAACACAGAAGCCAUCAAUUUGUUUCCAGUUGAUCUACACUCAGGAAAACUUGAAAAUGGGGUGGUGGAAAGCACACUCCUAAAUGGUGAUUUUGACAAGGCUGAGUAUCAGCUUGAUCCAUAGAUGCUUGUAUUAUUAGUACAAACGUGGCUGCCAAAUAUAAUAGCUAUUUGUACAUAUGAAGUAGCUGAUAAGAUUUCUGACAUUCUUUAAAAAAAUAGAUGCUAUGAUGUGUAUUGUUCUGUCAUUCUUUCUGUUCAUAUAAUAUGUGAGUGUAGAGAUUCAUUCCUUUAGAUGAAAAUGAGAUAUCCAUGUAUUGAAUAAGUGUUGACAUUAGUGUUCAUGCUAAUACCAAUUACAUGGGUUUUGUA